GGCGAGCGGAUGUAUGGAUGUGGUUCUUCUUGCUGUUUCUUGGGUGAUUCUGGCUGUGUUAGCCAAUUCAAAAGGUAUACAUCUCCCUACUUCAAGAGUUACUCGCAGGCACAACUUCUCAAUCGAUUCUAAUGUAAAUACAUACAUGUAGUGUAAUGUUGUUUAUGCCUGGAAGUCAUAGUUCUGAAGAGCUGGGAUCCGAUGCAGGUGACUCCCUGUACUUGAUUCUAAAUUUCUUAUGAUGCUAACAAUAGUGUCAUUUGUGUGUGAGUAUUAUAAUAACCUUAAACAUACAGUGAGCUCACUCUAGGCAUUAGAUCAUCGUCCGCUUGUCGUGGGAACACUAGUGCGAAACCAUGAGUUUUGAUUAGAUACUUAUAUCUAGUUUUAAAGAAGGUUAUCAAUUUCAGGGCCGAACAUAUGUUUUGAAUAUUUGACAAUUCUUCGAAAAAGACGACCAAUUCUCUGACUUUCCUCUUAGCGACUAAAAAAAGGUUGAACUCCUUUAUAAAUUUUUCGUUUAACAAUUCCCUUAGUACCGGACCACAUUAUGACUCCCUCAAAAAAACUCUUCUCUUUAUGUUUCCUCUUCAUCUUCAUCUUACCUCUCUCACACGCGUCAAACCCUCAAAAAUGUUCUUCAUCCUAUUCAGGAUCAUAUUAUAGAUGUGGACCACUUGGAGUGUACAUUCGUUUUCCUUUCUGCGGCCAUCCAGGAUUCAAUCUCCACUGCAACAACCUCAAUAAGACAGUCCUAGAGCUUCCUAUGUCCGGAACAUUUCUUGUUGAUAGAAUCGACUACUCAAAGCAGCAAAUUUCUAUCAGCGACCCUGAAGACUGUAUGGUCAAAAGGCUUUUAACCUUCAAUACUUCAGGAUCUCCUUUCUCUAAUGGCUUGAGUACUGUCUAUUACACGUUCUUGACCUGUCCGAAUGAGGUCGUGAGGCUGUCUUGGUAUCCGCGCAUCCGUUGCCUAAGCAAUUCUACCUCCACCUUCUUUUCCACGUCUAAUAUGUCACUUGCAAAUUCAAUGCUGCCUUCUUGCCAGAUCGUGAAGAGACUAGCUGUUCCGGUAAGCGUGUUUUAUGAAAAUGUGCUAACUCAUGAGAAAGGAUUCUCUGAUUGGAUCAACUAUGUAAACCUUUUGCUGGAAUGGAGCUCGCCAAAUUGCACGGGUUGUGAAAAGAAGUCCUUGAGAUGUGGUUUCAAGAACAAGGCCUCCCUCGAAGUCAAAUGCUUCGCUUAUCCACCCGGUAUGAUCUUUAUGGUUUUAACUUCUUCUUCUUCUUCUUCUUUACUUAUAAUACUAAUUAUAAUCCUCUGCUCAAUCGGAGGAAUCACCAUCUUCACUACUUGUAUUGUUAUGCCCAUUUGCAAUUCAGAGAGGUUUGUCUUUCAGAGAAGACAAAAUGCUGCUAUCGCAGACACAGCCCUAACGCAGCAGCCAAGAGGGGAUGUGGUCACUACAGGUCUUGACCAGUCUACAAUAGAGUCAUACAAGAAAGUGGAGUUAGGAGAAAGUAGAAGGCUUCCGGGUACUAAUGGUAUCAUCUGUCCCAUUUGUUUAUCAGAAUAUGCUAGCAAAGAGACUGUACGGUGCAUGCCAGAAUGUGAACACUGUUUCCACGUCGAAUGUAUCGAUGCAUGGCUCAAGAUUCAUAAUUCAUGUCCUGUUUGUCGUAACUCACGCUCGUAAUGAAGGUGGUUGUCCGAAUAUGAAGUAUUUCAACAUUGUAAUGAACGUCACUAAUUAUUCUGUUUUGUGAUAAAUAUGUGUUUAUAUAUAUGGAGUGAAGAUGUAUAUUUGU